AUGGAGUUGAAAGUUUGACAAUCCGGCUCGUCCAAAAGUUGUUUACGUUUUUCCGAAGCGCUUUGUGAAAUUUAUUUAAGCUAUUUUACGAUAAAAAUGCUUCCGCUAUCCCUGCUCAAAACGGCCCAGAGCCAUCCAAUGUUGGUGGAGCUGAAAAAUGGUGAAACAUAUAACGGACACCUGGUGAGCUGUGACACCUGGAUGAAUAUUAAUCUGCGGGAGGUCAUCUGCACCUCAAAGGAUGGUGAUAAGUUUUGGCGAAUGCCGGAAUGCUACAUCCGGGGAAGCACAAUCAAAUAUUUGCGUAUCCCGGACGAGGUGAUCGACAUGGUGAAGGAGGACGUACAAGCCAAAUCGCGCAACCGAGCAGAAAUGAACAAGGGCGGACGAAACCAGAACCAGGGUCGGGGCGGUGGUGGCGGCGCAGGUGGCGGUGCUGGUAGAGACGGUGGCGGUGGGCGAAACAAUAUGAACGCCAACAAUCGCAACACAUUCGGCGGCAACCGUGGUGGUAACCGUGCCGGGCUAGGGAAUCCGAAUCGAAAUGCUCAGAAUAAGAAAUAAAAGGCGGCCACACGGUGGACACUGGAACGGAUUGGAAUCGUCACCCUCGUCGUCAUGGACGUCUCGCAUUAUUUUUGGUAAAUUACUAUGGUUUCACACAAAGGUCCCCCCCGCGUAGAGGCGGUACGAUGAAUCCUUAUGAAGUUCGCGAUAGGAUUGGAUGGUGGGCAGAGCGGGAAAAAGUUCAGACACACAAACGCGCAUUUCCAUCCACCGCGUCUCGCCAUAUUUGGUGACCACUGCUGUGCCCGUGCUCAUUGGUCGGUUCGAUUUCGGAGAUGGGCCGGCGAUUGAUGUAAUAAACCAAAAAAACUAUCAACAUGGGCUACCCCCCAUUCAUAUUCAUAAUUCAACGGGAACGCUCAUUCGGACGCCGCGGCGGUGUCGAUUAUGGGUAGUUUUGGAAAUUUAAAUGUGUCAUUAUUCGCCACUUUGAUUCGUCGUCGGCCGGCGCACGGACUCAUUAGCAUCUUGUUUGGGAAUUGCCGAAGCGAGCGAGCAAGAGGAGCGUCAUCUCCAGCGAGUUCCAGUGUAGCAUGUGAUCAUCUGUACGAAGUAGGGUAUUGCUAUUUGAAGGCAGGCGUAAUUAAUUGUCGAGGAAUGUAAUUUAAAUAAAUAUGGAAU